UAAUUUCGAGAAAAAUUAGAAUCCUGCGCUCCAAUUAAUCGCCGCAGAAAGAUAUCGUCGCAAUGGAAAAGCAUAGAUGAGCGAGUAGGCUAAGAAAAAAUCGAAUUAAAGUUGUCUGUCAAUUUGAGAAAACCGUGAUAAUGCGCUCUAUUUUUUUGUAGAGAUGACGACGGCGGCCGUGACAUCGUCCGGAAAGGCCGGAACGAUGACGUUGUCAAUUAGAGUGUGGGUGAAGCCGGAAGUGAAGCAGCUGUUUAAGCGACAGUGUUGUCGCUGCGUAAAUGCGACGGCUACUCCGGGACCUUCUGUGGGCAUCGGUUACCGUGUUAUGUCGUUUCCAAGUCCUGUUUGGACUCAAGCUGUUGGGACCCGUAUCGGGUCGAUUGCAGGAUGGUCCACCCUCACAUUCCAGAGCUGCAGAACCUUGAGAUCAACUUGCACAACGCAACAGCCAGCGAGGCACUCUCCAUAGUCACGACCACCGUACUGGCGUCCUAAUCCACCAGGGACGUUAACUUGGUAGUUGGUUCCGGCCCGGGAGGUGGCCAAAAUCUACGACAAGCUUACUUUUACAAAAAAAAAAAAUACAAAUUGAAUGUGAUGUAAACUGUGAAGAGAACAAAAUUUAAACGAAA